GAACGAUUCAUAUUUCGUUCAGGUAUGUCAUUUUUAUUUCGGUCUCUUAUGUCACUUUUUGCUACGUGAAAUUAUGAUUAAAUUUAAGUAUAUUGAAAAUAAAUAAAUAAAUAUUGUUUUGUUUUAUAUUGUGCGUUAUGUGGAAUAUUUAUAAAGUAUAAUAAUUUUUAGUUCAGUAGCAGUAUUAUGUAAAAAUUUAAUUAAAAAUGUCGGAUAAAUGAAAUAGGUAUUAUAUUUUUGAGGAAUGGAUCACAGGGUUAAAGCCAUGAGCAGGCAACGACAUAGGUUACCUUGGUGGACACCUAGAGAUUGUCGUUUUGAAAACCCUGAGCUUGAAGCACUUUACCAACAAUACGUUUCUAAACUUCAUCAAUCAUGCGUUACAAAUGUAAUCGCAUUAAUGGCAAUCCUUACCCUUAUCCUAGCCAUCAUUAGUGCAAUAUAUAAUCAAACUCUGACGAUUAACAAUGUUUACUACUUUUUUAAUACUUUUAUAUUUAUUAUAUUAAUGAUUUUUCUCAACACCAAGUACAUGCAUAAAUCUUACUUACAUUUGAUUUGCUGCAUUCUAUUAUGUUUUUUCAUAAUGUUUUCUCUAGUCUCAUUUCCUAUUGGAAAUCCUUUUUAUAAGAUCUUACCUUUUACAAAAUUUGAAUCUCAUCAGGUAAUUGCCGAAGGUAUUUGGCAAAUCUCUUUUGUAACGUUCCUCACAUAUACAAUGAUGCCUUUAAAAACAUCUAUUGUUUUUUCUUUUGGGCUGGCAUUGCCUAUUAUACAUCUCACCAUAUCAGUAAUAUUUGCUCACACAUUUCAAAAGUAUACAAUUCAACAGACUAUUUCAAAUAUUGUAGUUUUGACAUGUAUUAAUAUAAUAGGAUUAAUAUUACAUAUACUUAUGGAACAAGCACAACGUCGUGUAUUUUUGGAUACGAGAAACUGUAUUGCUGCAAGACUUGAUAUGGAAGAUGAAAAUGAAAAAUUAGAAAGAUUGUUGUUGUCAGUACUUCCACAACAUGUAGCUUUAGAAAUGAAAAAUGAUAUAAUGUCCCCAGUAGAGGGUCAAUUCCAUAAAAUUUACAUACAACGCCAUGACAAUGUCAGUAUUUUAUUCGCAGACAUAGUUGGUUUUACAGUUCUAGCAUCACAGUGUUGUGCUCAACAAUUAGUUAGGCUACUUAAUGAACUAUUUGGUAGAUUUGAUCAAUUAGCUAAUCAUAAUCAUUGUUUACGUAUAAGAAUACUUGGAGAUUGUUAUUAUUGUGUAUCUGGAUUACCUGAAUCACGAUCAGAUCAUGCUAAGUGUGCUGUAAAUAUGGGACUUGAUAUGAUUGAUGCUAUUUCUCGAGUGGUUGAAGCUACUGAUGUAGUCUUAAACAUGAGAGUUGGAAUUCAUUCUGGACGAGUAUUAUGUGGAGUACUUGGUCUAAAAAAAUGGCAGUAUGAUGUUUGGUCUAAUGAUGUAACAUUAGCUAAUAAUAUGGAAGCCGGUGGAGAACCAGGACGUGUUCAUAUUACACAAACAACAUUAGAUUGUUUAGAUGGAGAAUAUGAAGUUGAACCAGGGCAUGGUAGUACACGUAAUAAAUACUUAAGGGAUAAUAAUGUAACAACUUACUUUAUUGUUCCACCUUCUCGUAGGAGAAAACCACUUAUAAUGAAUCCACAAAGUAAUUUUACUGCUAGAGAAGGUAAAAAAAUAACAUUUAAAAAUGUUUCGAAUGUUGUCAUACAACUGCUUCACUCAAUUAAAUAUUCAGUUGAAGCUCCUUUCAGUAAUAUUACAACACCAAUGACUUCAGAUACAAAUAUAGUGUCUUCAUCAAAACAUAAAGUUACUGAUAAGCUAAAAAGACCAUUUAAGAAACGUCAUUCUAGUGUUUACCACCAACCAACAAAUAGAAUAAAUAAGUACUUAAAUCAAGCUAUUGAAGCACGUAGUAUAGAUAGAGAAAAAGAAGCUCAAGCUAAUUUAGUAACAUUAUGUUUUAAAGAUAGGCAUAAGGAGACUUUGUAUCAAUUAGAUGGUUCAAAUAUAGGAUUUGCAAGCUCAUUGGUUACCAAUUUACUUAUUGUUAUUGUAAUUGCUUGCCUACAUGCUAUCAUACUACCAAGAACAGUUAUUUUGUUACUUUUAUUUUUGACUGCCUUUGUUUGGAAUGCUGUUGUUUUAAUGGUUGUAUUAGCCGUUCGCUUGAGAUGGAUUAUGUGGGAUAUAUCACAAUGCUUUUUGUUACGUUUAGCAAUAAAUGUUUUUACAGUGUUACUUGUUUAUAUUGUUGCUCAAGUCAAUGUGUUUACUUGUCGAAUGGAUACUUCUUGCAAUGGUUUAGUAAAUGUAUCAUCUACUGAAGCUAUGAUACUUAGUGUAUCAGAUCACCGUGCUUGCCCUUUACCACAAUAUGUUGUUUUAUCAUGUUGUUUAGGAUACUUAUCUGUAGCUGUAUUUUUGCGGCUUCCUAUUUUAAUCAAAUGUUUUCUGGUCAGUGUCAUGGCUCUCAUGUAUAUUCUUUUUAUUCAGUAUACACAUCGACAUUUGUUUUCAUGCUAUGAUAUCACAAUCAAAAAUGCUGUUCCUUUACACAUAACAAGUAUUGUGUUUGUCAUCAUGUUUAUGUUAGCUAUUAUUAUUCAUGGUAGGCAAGUGGAAUGGACAACACGUUUAGAUUUUCUAUGGAAAAUACAGGCUAAAGAAGAAAAGAAAGAAAUGGAGUUAUUACAAAAUAGCAAUAAAAGAAUAUUGUAUAAUUUGCUACCAGCACAUGUAGCAGCUUAUUUUUUAGAAAAUCAAUUUAAAAACAAUAUUCAUGGUAUACACGACCUUUAUCAUCAUAGUUACAAUAAAGUUGGAGUUAUGUUUGCAUCAAUUACAAAUUAUCACGAAUUCUAUAUAGAGUUAGAUGGAAAUAAUCAAGGUGUUGAAUGUUUAAGAUUGUUAAAUGAAAUCAUUGCAGAUUUUGAUGAGCUUUUAGAAGAUAAUAAUUUCCAAGCUAUUGAUAAAAUUAAAACAGUUGGAUCAACUUAUAUGGCGGCUGUAGGAUUAAUGCCUGAACACAGUAUUUCAGAUAAUGAAGCCAUGUCAGCUGUUCAUUAUUUAACUGUUUUAAUAGAAUUUGUUUUUGCUAUGAGGGAAAAACUUGUUUAUAUUAAUGAUAACUCUUAUAAUAAUUUUAUGCUUAGAGUGGGAAUAAAUAUUGGACCUGUUGUUGCUGGAGUAAUUGGAGCUCGAAAACCUCAGUAUGACAUUUGGGGAAACACAGUUAAUGUGGCAAGUCGUAUGGACUCAACUGGUCUUCCAAAUCACACUCAAGUGACUGAGGAGGUGUACCAAAUAUUAAAAAAUGAGUCAUAUGUUUUCCAAUGUAGAGGAAAUGUCAAAGUCAAAGGAAAGGGAGAUAUGACUACUUAUUUUUUGACUGACAGAAAAAAAAUUUCUAGUGUGAAUUCAAUUCAAUCUACUUGUACCAGAAAUGAAUUGACUCAAACUUUGUAUGGUGGUGUACCUACUCCUUUGUGUUCAUUAAAUGUCCCACCUAGACCUUAUAAAAUGCUUAGACCAACUAUGAAUCGAUUACGCCCAUUAAACCAUAAUAAAGAAAGCAUGCCACCAGAAUGUCACUUAUUACUUCCUACAGGCAGCAGUAACAGCAAUAGUUUUGGUAAAAAGAGUAACAAUAUAUAUAACUAUCAACAUAUUUCACCAGUUAUGUUAUCUCCUAAGUUACCACAACACAAAGGACUCACAAAAGUUUUUCCUCCAUCAACUGCUCAAUAUUCUCCGUGGAAGCCAUCAUCAACUCUUAGCAAUGAAAAUAAAUGGCAACAAAAUAUAAAGCCUUACUUGAAACCUCUACCAAAGCCCCCAUCAAGUAGUAAUAUUAGUAAUCAUGGAACAAACACAUUACUUGCUUCUAAAAAUAAAUUACGGGAUUAUAGUCAAUCUAACACCAAUGGUGCUAUUCAAUGUUCUUCAUUAAGCUCUCUAAAUCGAUCUCUUACAUCUAGCUCAUCAUCAGAUGAAAGCUAUAGCCGUACAACUACUGACGCUUCUCCUUCACCAUCACCACCACCUACAUCAGUUCCUACACCAAGCAAAUGGCUUUUUUCAUCUGACAUUAAUUUAGAUUUAUCAGAGCCUGAAAAUGAUUGCAAUAAUAGUUUAAAUGGAGUUGAAAAUAUCAAAUUUAAUAGCUUUACCAAUAAUAAAACAAGUAGAAGUCAAUCAUUUAAUGAUAAUAGUAGCUGUAAACAUAGCAAAGACUCCUCAUUGAAUAAAAAAGAUGAAACUACUAAUACUGAUCAACAACUAGCAGAAAUAAACUCUAAUAGUACAAAAUUAUCAAAAAAGAAUGCAAGUUGUCAAAAUGAAAUUUUAGAUACAAUAUCUGUAGAUGCUGACAAUAAUCAGUCUGAUUUUACUAAUAAAAUCCAGAGAAUUCUUGCUGAUCAGCCAUGUCAAAAUAUUAAAAACAUGAGCAAUACUAGUGAUUUAGAUUCAACUAUUACUGAAGAAAAACAAGAAGAUAAUUAUCAAGUGAUUAUUGAUAUCUCCAAUGAAAUUGAGCAAUCAGAUAAUCUUUUGAGUGAAGAUUUAUUAAAAUCCAAACUAUUUGAAAAAAAAGAAAGAGAAAUUAUGGAAGAAGUUAAACGACAAGAAGCCGAAGUUAGGAGAAUGUUAGAGGAAAGUGCUUGUCAAUUAGGAAUUUCAGAGUCUGAAUGGAGCGAUGAAGAAGAAGCUUCUGAACCACUUUUAGAUAAAGACAGUACAGGAUAUACAACUGAUGAUCCAGCAUUAGAAAAUAUUUCUAUUAUGAAUGACACGGGUCUAACAGAUGCAGAAGGUGCUCUGAGUGAUGUCAAUUCUAUGUUCGAGGGAAUUGUUGACUUUAGUAGACAUCAUCGUAGUGGUUAUAGAGGAGAUGAUGAAGAUGAUCACACUAGUAUAUCAUCAAGAGCCUCUAGUAGGAAUUUCGAGUCAGAAGGCUGUUUUUUCCAAGAUAAUGAUGGUAUUGCAUAUUACUCACAAUAUCCUCAUAAUGCUCACAACUGUAAAAGGUAUAAUGGAUUACCAUUUAAUUCUCUUGGGCAUGAGCGACAAAGUAUGGAUUCUAAUAUUUUAACAGAACCAGAACUGUUGAACAUAAUGUCUGUGUCAGAAUUAUCAGAUGGAUAUUCAGAUAACUACAAUAAACCCACAGGUGCUAAUGAUACUGAUAGCGAUGUGUAGAUGACACUUAUUGUAAAACUAUUAAUAUUAAUUAUUUAUUUAAUGUUUUUAUUUUAUAUAAUAUUUUUAAAAAUAUAAAAAAGAUUUAUACUUAAAAGGAAAUAAAAUAAUAAUACAUCACAAAAAAUUAAAAUAAAAUAAUUUUAUUGUUUAAC